AUUUUCCGGUUUUUACCUUUAUGUAUUUCUCAAACCUUGAAAAGAAAAUUCUUCUCCCCCAAACUCGUCCAAAUCGUGGCCAAGUAGUUGUGAUUCUCAAAGAUUGAAAAAUCCCAAACUCUAACCCUAUCAAAAAUUGAAAAAUCCCUCAACCAAAAGAGAGCUCUACUGGGUCUCAAACCCUAACAAUUGAAGACUUUGGUUGUUCAAAAUUUCUCAAACCUCAAAAGGGUUUUCGAACCUUUCAUUAUUAGUAAGUCAUUUUUUCAAUUUUGAAAUUAUGUAACUGCGUAAUUGCGUAGCUUAAUCAGCACUGGUAUAUUUAUUAAAGACAUCGGUAAAAUACAAGUAAGACGCUAGCGACAAUUCUUCAAUUUCCUGUGGUAUUUGUAGUUUUUGUUACAGAGAUAUUUUUAACGCGUUUGUUUGGUUAACUAUGUUUCGUGACAUUUUUUGACUGAGAAUGUAACUAAUUUAGGGAUUUUGCAACCUUAAUAAAUUCUCGCUAAUAUGACAUAACAAUAAUCAUGUGAUUGAUAGAAUACUUCUUUGUAUAAUCUUAUCAAGUUAAUGUUGCUUGUUGUUAAUAGUAUACUUGUAUUCCCUAUUCCUGCAUUUUUAUCAAGUUAAUAUCCAUGUUAAAACUUCUUCAUUAACAUUUUCAAACCGCGCAUACUAUUUCCUAACGAGUAUCCUUCACUUUUAUUGUAUAUACUUGUGAUUAGGCACUGUGAUUCUUUAGACUUAUUUAUUCAUUGGUGAAUCUUGUAUGUCAGAAUUCUGAUGAUCUUUUUCCAUCUGUUAUGGAUGCCCUGAAUGAGGUACUCUUUAUUUCCUUAUCGUAUAAGCCACUUACAAUUUUGUAGAAAUGCAUAUAUUAGAUGUGACUGGGUGUUUCAUAUGAUCUAGAUACUAUACUUUUGUUUUGAACCUACUUGAGCCAUCUUUAGAGGCAGUUAAGUGGAUACUAUGGUAAAAAGAUGGCUACAGUAAUUUAAAGUUGGCAUUUUCUCACACCUUUUUGUUUUUGUUGCAUUCAGUUAAUCUUCCACCCAAAGUUCCUUGCAUCAAGAAUUGAAAAAGAAUGGCGUGCUAUACUCUCAGAGCUUCAAAUUAUGAACACAAUAGAGUACUAGGUUGAUUUCCAGGAUCUGAGAACAUCUUCAAGAAUCAACCUGAUAUUUCUGCAGAAAAUUACUUCACUCUAUUUUUCCAACUUUUUGGAAGUAGUACAAAUUUGGAGCCACCACAAAUAUUUCAACAUGAGUUGCUUCAAAAAAUUUCAAUUGAUAUAUUCUGCAAGAUUAUAGUGAAUAAGGUUCAAACAUACCGAGAUUUGUGUAUUGUCUUGAUGAAAAGAAUAUGUUUGUCAGCUCUUCAUUUUCGUAUAAAUACAAGAUAUAAGGUGAGAUGAAGUCCUUCUUUUCUGCUACAAUACUAUGCUCGAUCACAUGUUUCUAAAUGUCUACUGUAAAAACUCAUAUAGCAUCCAUUAUGCGAUAUCUCAUAUUUAUGCACUUGAUGCAUAUUUUUUGGUAUAAGUAAAAUACUAGUAUGGUUCAAUUCCUCUGGGGAAAGACUUUUGUCCCGCACCUUUGUUAUUUACAAUUAUUCCCCUGUACCCAAUGGUGCUGCAAAAAUUAUUAGUUUUUGUCAAUACUUCUAAAGAUUAAUAGGUUGAAGAAAUAAAUGUGAGAGAAAUUGAACUCAUGUGAAUAUUGGAGACAAUGGUGAUAUUUCUAACAACAUUAGCUUGUGCAAAGUGCUAUGUAGAAUAUCUCUUUAAUUUAUAAUUUUUAGUACAACCAUUUCAAUUAUCUUGAUAAGAAAGAUCAACUACUCUACCUUUUCUUAAUGAUUUCUGCAUUCCAUGUGUGUUGUAAAUUAGGUGCUAUUUUUUAUCACAAUUUUGGUAUUCUGGUUGUUUUGGGCUUCAUUUUUCUGUAGAUUGUAAAAUUAGUUAAAAUGAGGUAAAUAUAUUAUAUUUUGAUUUUACUUUAAUUAGCAUAUUUAUGAGUUAUUUCAUAGAACUUCAUAUUCAAAUUUUUUGUGUAACUUAUAUUUAUUGAUUUUAAAUGUAUUUUGGCAAAGGUUAAUUUUUUUGGUACUCAGGUGUUAGAAUUUAUAGCUGAUUUUGGAAAGCCUUCUGCACCCCUUUUUGUAGAAAUUGUUUCUUGUUUUCCAAAAAAACGUUCACAUUGAGGAGUUGGUGUAACCGAAUUCAAGAUAUCAUCAACCGAAAUAACAGAUACUAUCAAAGCUGGAUUGGAUGAGACUAUAGAGCCAGAACACGAGAUAUUUUGGAAUUCAAAUCCAUUUUAAAAAGAUGAAAUUAAAAACGUUCAAGAAUGUUGUGCAAAAAUGAUAUUGGAACAUACUGAAGCAAGUGCAGACAAUGAUAUGAAUUAGGUGCAAUUUUGUGUUGGAUGUUGGCGGUUGGUUGUUCGGACGAUGAUAUGAGCUUUUCUGACUAGUCUUUAAGGUUUCUUGUUUUAAUUGUAUUUUGAUAAGUACGCAGUUGUUGUUCCAUCUUAUUAGUUACUCUUGUAUAUAAGUAUAGUGUUAUUUCUUUAGAGUUUACAUUUUAGUACAGAUGAUGUUUCCCGCUAGCACAAUGACUAUGUACCUAUUUUGAUUUUGAUUACAAUGAUGUUUUUGAUAAUAUAUUUACUUCUAUGGUUUUAUUUUGAAGUAUGGGUGAAAUAUAUGGAAAAAAAAGAUUAUAUGGCGUUUGUGUUAUUAAUAUUUUCUGUGCUACAUUGAUCUGUGUGAUGAUUUGUUGUUGUUGAUGUUAGUCUUAAUAUUUAUAUAAUCCAAAUAAUAGAAUACUAAAAAAAAAAUACAACUUGUUAGGUCGGUUAAAUUUAUUCUGAAAGUUUGACUUAUUAAGUCGGGUGCUAUUUAACCGACCUAAUAAAGCUUUCUUAAGUCAGGUCUAAAUCCGACUUAAGAAGACAAAGCUUUUUAUGUCAGGAGUUCUUAGGUCAGGUUCGGAACCGACUUAACAAGUCAAUUUUAACCGACUUAACAAGCGUUUUUUCUACUAGUGAGUGGAUACUAAUCUCUUUUGUAAAACCUUUAAAAAGGAUCUUUUAAUUUGCCAAAUUUAUGUUGAUGAUAUUAUCUUUGGAACAUUUAAUGCUACACUUGGAAAGGAGUUUGCUAAGUCUAUGCAGGCUGAGUUUGAGAUGAGCAUGAUGGGAGAACUCAAGUAUUUCCUUGGGAUCCAGAUCAAUCAAACAUUAGAAGGAACGUAUGUUCAUCAAACAAAGUAUGUGAAAGAACUUCUGAAGAAGUUUAAUCUUUCUGAAAGGAAAGAAGCAAAAACUCCUAUGCAUCCAACGUGUGUCUUAGGUAAGGAUGAGGUAAGUAAGAAGGUAGAUCAGAAGUUGUACAGAGGUAUAAUUGGAUCUCUUCUAUAUCUCACUGCUUCUAGACCUGAUAUUUUAUUCAGUGUUUGUCUGUGUGCAAGAUUCCAAUCAGAUCCUAGAGAAUCUCACUUAACAGUUGUUAAGAGAAUUCCGAGGUAUCUGAAAGUUACUACUAAUGUUGGUUUAGUCUACAGAAGAUCUAAAGAAUACAACUUAGUAGGAUUCUGUGAUGCCGAUUACGCUGGAGAUAGAAUUGAAAGAAAGAGUACUUCUGGAAGUUGUCAAUUUCUUGGAAGUCAUCUGAUCUCCUGGUACAGCAAGAAGCAGAAUAUGUUGUUGCUGCUGGAUGUAGUACACAGAUGCUCUGGAUGAAGAGUCUGCUAGAAGAUUAUCAGAUAUAUGAGAGUAAAAUUCCUAUCUUCUGUGAUAAUACUUCUGCUAUUUGUUUAUCUAAGAAUCCAAUCUUGCAUUCCAAAGCUAAACAUAUUGAGAUCAAACAUCAUUUCAUUAGGGACUAUAUUCAGAAGGGUGUUCUAUCUUUGAACUUUGUUGAUACAGACCAUCAAUGGGCUGAUAUCUUUACAAAACCCCUUUGAAGAUAGGUUUAAGUUCAUUCUGAAGAAUAUCAGUAUGGAUUUAUGCCCAGAAUGAGAAGAUGAGAAGUUCUGACGCAUGGAUUAGUUCUGAAAUGAAGUUGUUUUAUCUUCUUAUAAGAAGUUUUGAUGUUGAUCAAUUAGAAGUUCUGAUUCUGUUAUUACUAACGUUUCAUUAUCUAAGUUGAUUCAGAAUCUAUUUUAAAGCAAAACAGUUGUCACCAACUUUUCCAGAAGUUGAACACGUGUUCACUCUAUUUGGACAAGUACGCGUGCAGUUGAGGAGACGCCGCCCUAGGUAACUGUGCAAAUCAUUUCAAAUAUUACAUUAUCUCUCCUAACUUCAUUUCUCAUUAAAUCAUUUGAUUCUAUGUUUUUCUGUAAUCAUAUUCAUUCAAACGCAUAUUGCAUUCCAUUUCAAAUCCGUCUCUAUAUAAACUCAUCUUCAUAACAAUUCAUCUUUUUACAUUCUCUCUCUUCAUUCAUUGUCUCUUUCAUUCAUCUCUCUCUCCUUCUCGUUCUUGCAUAAACCCUAGUUUCUAAAUCGAAUCUCAGAGUGAAUUCAUGCUUUCAUCCUCAAGUACUCAACACAAAAUGUCUUCAGCACAUCUUGUUCAACACAAAUAUGGAUAUCAUCCCCUGAAGACUUGUUCUAUUCCACAUGAUGAACUGGAAGUUCUAUGUGAAACAAUGGUGGAUUUUGAAAAACUGUUGGAGCAUGAUUUCAAAACCAAGGCUGCAAUGCUGGUGCAAGGUUGGUCAAACUACUUUGAAAGAUUGGUUGGACCAGUUUAUCCUCUUUUGGUUAUGGAUUUCUGGACUCAUGCAAUAGUUACUCCAACUGCUAUCAUCUCCUUCGUAUUAGGGCAUGAAGUUGUUGUGACUGAGAAGAUCAUAAGGAAGCUGUAUGGUCUUGAUGACUCAGAUGGAAUCACAGGAGCUCUUCCUGGUAGAGUUGAAUGGGAGAAAGUUGAUAGAGAAUUGUCUUCUUCUAGAUCUGCAUCUCAUCAAACUACUUCUUUGAAGCCUUCCUAUAGAAUUUGGGCUGAGAUUAUUCUGGGAUCCCUCUAUCAUAGAAAGAGAUCUCUUACUGCAACAUAUGUAAACCAGGAUCAGAAGUAUGUACUUUUCUGCAUUGGAAAAGGUAUACAAGUUAAUCUCUCUAACAUUCUCUUUCAACAUUUGAAGACAAAUAUUGAAGAAUCAAGAGAUGAAGAACGUAAGAAGAAUCCAUCUCCUUUAACUCAUUCUUUACCUUCAAGAAAAUCCAAACCCUAUUGCCUUCUGUACCCUGAUUAUCGUUUCACCUUUAAUCCUCCUGAACCUUCUCUUGAUGUCUGUUUUGACUUAUUCAAGCUCAAGUUGAGAACUAGGAUGGAAACUUUGAGAGCUGCUCAUGACUCCCAGUUGGAUCAUGUUGCUAUUCGAGGCUUAUGGAAAAUUUUUAAGAAGGACUUUCAGUUUGAUGCUAUGAACAUCCAGAAGAAAUGCAUGGCUGAGGCAUCUGGUUCUUCUGGUUACUGCUUGGAGCUUGAUGAUGGUAAGUACUAUCAUCCAAUUAGAAAUUCGAGAUCUCUUGAGGAGGAAAAGUUUGUAGACGAGAUGAAAGAUGAACCAUGCCUUGCUAUGAUUGUGUGGAAGCCUCAAUUCACUGUUCUGACUGGAGACUUUCAGUCUUUAUUCAACUGGCUAAGGGAGAAUCCCUUAGAGAAAGCACCAGAUAUGGUAUAUCCAGCUGUUGAAUAUCCUUCAGAAGUUGCUGCUCCUACACCUCCAAAGAAUCUGGCUGAGAUUCUUCAGGCUCUUGAGAAUGAAGAUUCUGAUAUCCCUACUCCAGAUUAUGCUGAAGAUGCUUCUAUGUCAGAAGCUGAUGCUGAGAAGCAAAGUGCUGAGAAUCAUCCUGCUGAGAAACUUCCUGUUCAGGAAAAUCAAGAUGAUGUUCUCAUGAUUGAUGCUGCUGUUGAGCAUGCUAUUCCUUUGGAUGAUAGCUGUGAAGCUUCUUCUGAUGAACCUUCUGUUCUGGUGAACGCCAUGAAGGCUCUUCAAAAGAAUCAAGCUGAUCUUGCUUCUCAUUUGGAUAAACAUGAAGAUACUCACAAUGAGUUUCGCUCAUUCAUGAAGACGCAGUCUGCAAGCACUUCUGAGAUUCAACACCUUCUGGCCAAAAUAGUUUCUAAGCUAGGCUAGUCGUAGUCCUUUGGUCUUAGUUGUUUUCUUGUUUCUUGCAUCUGUUUCUUGCAUCUGCUUCUAUCUUUGUAUCUUCUGAUAUUUUGUUGAAUCAAUGAAAUAUUAUCUUCUUCUCUCAUAUUGUUUGUUUUUCAUCUGAAUCUUUUAUAUGCAUUUUGAUGUUAUGACAAAAAGGGGGAGAAACAUGAUAAUUAAUUUGGUUUACUAUAUCAGUUGCUGGGAUUAAGUCUCAACAUUCCUAACAAUAUUUUCAAGUUCUAUGUCUUUGAGAUUUUUUGCAGGAUUGAAGAUAUUCUGAAAAAGCUCAACAUGAGAAGCAAAUACAUGAGGAAAAGCAAUUCUAUAAAGAAACAUGUUCUUGGAAUUUGAAGCAAGCUUAGUGCUGUGAAGCUUCAAGAUCAGAAGCAAGAAGAAAGAAUGUUCUGAUAUUCUCGUGGCAAAAUAUGCUGUAACACAUUCUUAUCCCUCAUAUGUUCUGAUACAUAUUCUUUUUAAGAACUUAUCAAAGUUUGCUCUGAUAGUUUUUUCUAGCAUUGAUCUGAUACAUGUUCUUUCUUAAAAGAAUGUUCUGAUUCAUUCAUGCUCUAACUUUUGUCGUCUAGUUUGUUCUGAAACAUUUCAGGAUGUAAAGAUGCUCUGAUGAUGCUCUAAUACAUUCAAGAAUGUUCUGAUACAAUCAAGCAUGCUAUGAUUCAAGAAGAAAUUCAAAGCUCUGAAGCUGUCCUAUGGAAGCAAGAAGCAGAAGCUCUGAAUGUUCUGAAGUUCUAGGAAAAUGUGAAUGUCUCGACUGAAAUGGAAAAUACUCAGGGAAUUCUUUUAUUUAUAAAUUCUUCCAGUAUUUAUUUCAGGGGGAGAUUGUUAAUCUUAGGGGGAGAUAUAUUCACACACUAUGUUUAUAUGCUUAUGCUAUAACCGUGUAAUUAUCUUUAGUCAUCUGAUAUUCUGAUAGCAAAUUCAUAUCAAAUAUAUAUGUUUUUGUCAUCAUCAAAAAGGGGGAAACUGUUAGAACAAGAAAUGUUCUGAUCAAUAUUCUUAGUUUUGAUGAUAACAAUGUAUAUGAAUUUUGUAUAAGACAAUGUGGUACUCUAAUCCUUUGCAUUUUCCAUUUUAGGAAAUAUAUAAAGAGUAUGCACAAUUCAGCGCUCAGAAGCACUGACUCAGAAGGUUCAGGAUUGCAACAUCAGAACAUGCUCUCGCAAGACAUCAGAAGAUGGUCAAGCAGAAUCAGAACAUGGUCUAUUGAAGCAUCAAAAGAACUUGAGUUCAGAAGCAGAAGCACUGAAGUUCUUAUGGUAUCACGCUAGAAGCACUUCAAAGUCAGAAGACAAGAAGAUGCUCUGCACCAAGCUGUUUGACUCUGAUUAAUUCAAACAUUGUAUCUAUAAAGAUCAGAUCAGAAGCGAGUACAAGAUGGCAGGCUACACUGAUUGACAAAAGGAACGUUAGAAGCUAUUAAAGGCAAAGUCAGUUAAAGCAGGAAAAGCAAGGCUCGAGGUAGUUGACAAAAGAGUGAAACAUUAAAUGCAAUGUUGUACGAAUCACGCAACGCAUUAAAUGCUCCCAACGGUCAUCUUCUCAAAACGCCUAUAAAUAGAAGUUCUAAUGAGAAGCUGAAAACACAACUCUUGCGCAAAAAUACAGAAACACUGUCAAAUUCAAAAGCUCUCAAACUUCAUCUUCAACCUCACAUUACUUUUGUAAUAUCAUAGUGAGAUUUAAGCUUAGAACUUAAGAGAAAUAUCACAGUUGUGAUUAUAGCUUAUUAAGAAGCAUUGUAAUACUCUUGUAAGAAUUUGUUUACAUUAAUUUGUAAAAGGUUCCUAGAGUGAUCAAGGUGUGAUCAAAAUACUCUAGAAGACUUAGAAGGUAUCUAAGUGGAAAACUAUUGUAAUCAAGGUUGAUUAGUGGAUUAAAUCCUUAGGUGAGGUAAAUCACUCUAAGGGGGUGGACUGGAGUAGUUUCGUUAACAACAAACUAGGAUAAAAAUCAUUGUGCAAUUGUUUUUAUCUUAAGAGUUUUUAAAUUUACUCUUAUUCAAACCCCCCCUUUCUAAAUGUUUUUUCUAUCCUUCAGUAAUCACAACUGUGAUAUUUCUCUUAAGUUCUAAACUUAACACUCACUAAAUAUUACAAAGUUUGUGAGGUUGAAGAUGAAGUUCUUUAGCUUUUGAAUUUGACAGCGUUUUUGUAAGUUUUGCGCAAGUGUUGUAAGUUGCUUAUGAUCAGAACUUCUAUAUAUAGGCGCUUUGAGAGGAAAUGACCGUUGGGAUUAUAGCAACCUGCCCUAAAAAUUAGACUUUUAGAGUCGCCACCUAUUCUACCAAGGCGAAUAGGAAACCUUACGCAGUUAAGAGAUCGGGGUAAGAUUAUUAUAAUCAGGUCGAGGGAAGGUGUUAGGCACCCUCAACCCUUUCCUAUGACUUUGAAUCUAAGGUAACAGUGUAUGGCUAAAAGUUAAGGUUAAUAGCUAAAGAAGUGAAAAGGGUAAAAAUUGAGAUUUUAAGUCAAUUGAGAUUUUAGGGAGGGGGACUCGCCUUGGUUAUCCAAGUGCCUACGUAUCUCCUUAGGGAGAAUCAGAGUCAACGUAGUUCGGGCACAGGGUUGUACGCCUUAGAAUUGAUUAUGGAGGUGUUGGAAGGCUUUUUGAAUGGCCUAUCGUAGUUUUGAAAUGCAAAUGUUCGCAAGGUAUUUUGAAUUACCUUAUCGUAGUUUGAACAUCGUAGCAUUGAAGAGAUCAAAAUCUGUAGUGUCGUGGUUUAGUGUGUGUUUUGAAGGUUUUGGGCGUACAACCCUGGUUUGAUAUGUCACCGUUAGAUGCGAUGAUCAAUAGAUUUGAUCAUUAUAGUUAACGGAUUAAUGGGCAUUGCUGGUUACUCUGAUCGAUAGAUUCGAUCGUCGCGGGCAGCAAAUUGAAUGUAUUUUAAAUUUCAUAUUUUUUAUCUCUUUUCUAAUGCGACUAAUAAGUUUAGUCGGGUCGAGAAGAGAAUUAAUUAAGGGUUAAUGUUUUGCCAAAUGGCAGUGGGAUUGGGCAAACCCUAAUGCAUAUAACCAUUCUAGGGUUUUUUGUGAUUUUGGUAAUUAAAAAUAAUUAAAUUAAUUAAAUCGAAUAGUCGGGAAAUAAUCCUAAUGUUAAUUAUUAGCCUAAUCCUAUUUUAAUUUCUAAUCCUAAUUCUAAUUAAAUUAUAUAUAUCUAUAUACUAAAAAUAUAUUAAGAUAAAUAAACAAAUAUGUAAAUAAAAUGUAAAUAAUAUAAAAUAUAAAAGAAACCUGGUUUUUUAUCUUGUGUGGC